CAGUACGUUUUUGCCAAACAAUCAGGGGCUGGUGGAUAUCAAACGCGUCCUCUUCGACUCAAAUAUUAAAUACAAAAUCAAUUCCUUGAAACUUCGUCGUGUGAUCGCUUUAUAGAAUGGCGGAAAGCGAGGUGGACACGCCGAGCACCCCAAUCGAAUACGAGAGCAAAUAUUUUGAGUAUCAUGGAGUUCGACUCCCUCCUUUCUGCAGGGGCAAGAUGGACGAGAUCGCCAACUUUUCGUUAAGAAGUAGCGACAUAUGGAUAGUCACGUAUCCCAAAUCAGGUACAAGUUUGUUACAGGAGGUAGUAUAUCUGGUGAGCCAGGGAGCUGACCCAGAUGAGAUUGGGCUCAUGAAUAUUGAUGAGCAACUUCCUGUGUUGGAAUACCCACAGCCUGGAUUGGAGAUUAUCCAGGAACUGACAUCGCCUCGACUGAUCAAAAGCCAUCUGCCCUUCCGUUUCCUUCCCACAGCAAUGCACAAUGGAGAAGGCAAGGUGAUCUACAUGGCCAGGAAUCCUAAAGAUCUGGUGGUGUCCUACUAUCAGUUUCAUCGCUCUUUAAGAACAAUGAGCUACCGGGGAACGUUUCAGGAGUUCUGUAGACGAUUCAUGAAUGACAAGUUGGGAUAUGGCUCCUGGUUUGAACAUGUUCAGGAGUUUUGGGAACAUCGCAUGGACUCCAAUGUUCUCUUUCUGAAAUAUGAGGACAUGUACAAGGAUUUGGGGACCCUGGUGGAGCAGCUGGCGCAGUUUCUGGGUGUCUCCUGUGACAAAGUGCAGCUGGAGAGUAUGGUGGAGAGCUGCAACCAGCUCAUAGAGCAGUGCUGUAACUCUGAGGCCCUGUCCAUCUGCCGGGGUCGUGUUGGACUGUGGAAGGACAUUUUCACUGUGUCCAUGAAUGACAAGUUUGAUGCUGUGUACCGACAGAAGAUGGCAAAGUCUGACCUGACCUUUGACUUUAAUCUGUGAGGGGGUGACUCAGUCUGUGGACUAUCUGUCAACUGUUUCAUGAACAAACCAACCAAUCAGUUCAUCUGCUGACCUGCUGUGCUAAAUGAUGUACAUUCCCCAUCAUUGAGCUUUAAUCUUUACAUCCCUAGCAUUUUCUGCUCAUCACUGCUUUUAUGAGUUACCGGUACUCAAAAGUUACUUCUUAGAAAUAUUACAAGGUCAGCACUGUGACUAUGUUCAGACUGGCACUGUAAACUCUAAUGCUCAAAUUGAUUAUUGGUUUUGAUUAGGGAAACAUUAAAUCUAGUUAGUUCAAAUAAAUGAACCUUGAUGAGUAUUUAGAACAUUCUCUUUCUUUUGGGUUCACGAAUUUAACACAUUUUAAGUAACCUGAAUUGUUUUUCAUUUUGAGUUUCAAACGUGUCUCUUUAAAUUUACAGGAACUUAAAUUGAACUGAAACUGGUCACUUUUCUAGCAUGCUUUGCAUGGCACUUGACAGGGAGAGUAAAUGUUAAAAUCAAGUGUUAUACAAUGUCUUUGUGCAAGAUGAAUGUAAAGGGGGAGAUUUGUAAGUGUUUAAAGAGUAUCUGUUGUUUGAGUUUUGGGGGUUACCAUUAUGGUGAAUAGUGGAGCUUGAGCUUAGAUUGAGGACAGGUACAGUAUAUGAAUGUUUUAUGUUAACUUUUCUCAUUUAGCAAUUGCUAUACAAAUCAAAGCAUAGUGUUUCCAAUUAGCAUGCAUUUAGCUUGCUAACAUUCACCGUUCUAGCUAGUUCUAGUAAGGUUUUACAUAUGUGAAGUACUUCAGUUGAGUUUACUUGUUAAUUUUAAGUUAAGCCAAAGAGUUAAAAUUUAGUGCCAGUUAGCUUACUCAAUAUUUCAAGUUAAGAGCAACUCACUUGCAUGUCUAUACAAAAUUACAAUCUGAAAGUUCUAUUAACCUAAAAACUUUGAUGUAACUGAUUGCCAUUUUUUUUAAGUUCUGCUAAUUUAUUAGGGUAUCCGACUCAAAUCUGAUUAGUUUAAGGUAGUCUGAAAAAAAAAUGCAUGAAAUCCCAUGGUUUCAAGCCAGUUUCAUUCCACAUCCAUUUGUGGUUUUGAAUAAUUUUUUUGUUUUUUGGAAUGCGUCUCAGUCUGAACAGUCAGAUUGGAUUUCAAGAAGUUUUUUCGUCGUAUAGGAUGCAACGCGUAUCUGCAAUAUUGCUAGAAACAGUCUGAAUGCACACAUCUUUUCACAGUCAGUCCUAAAAUUCAGAUUUGAAAACCAAAUUGGAUUUUGUACAGUGAGAACAAAGCCUAAAAGGUAUUUCCAGAGCUUUCUCUUGUGUGUAUUUGUAUAAACAGCAGUGCUUUAGACAGAAGAGCACGGUGCUUGUUGUGUUUGUACAGAGCUAUUCAUAUCCCAAAGGCGCUUAUGAAAUAUGUAUUUAUUUAAAACCAUAAAGAAAUGAUUUAGACUAUAUUCUAUAUGCUAAACACUAAACCCAUCUAAAAAACUCUCAGAAAAAAAUGGUUGUUUGCAUUUUUCAGGAGGAUUCUGUAAAAUCAUUGGCUACUAGCUGCACCAAAUAUGCAGUCAUCCAAUCACAUCUCAGGAGGUGGAAAGCUGACUCUCAUAAUGAAUGCUGAUUGGAUACUGGCCAAAAUAUCUCAAUGUAUAUGUAUAAUCUAAUUUAGUCUCUAGUGGCUUUUAGACAGCUUUGACUUAAAUUCCAUUACAGCCAUUCAUAGAAACGGCAGUGAAUGCUAUUACAUAUUUGUCUUAUGUUUACUCACUUGUGCAUGUUUUUCAUCUGUGAGCUUGUACCUGUGAGAGAGUGUGUAUGAAUAAGCCUAUCACAUCUACAUAUUGCACAAUUGUAAUAUCUUAUUGCUCCAUAAUCAUUCACAUUAGUGUGUGCUCUGUUAAUAUAAACAGCAUAAUGCCUCUAAGUGCUAUCUCCCUCCGGCCCAGACUGUGAAUCUGUUUAAAUGAAAAGAAGGAGAGUGAGAGAGGCUUUUUGGGGAACAUUUAACACUUAGUUACAUGCAUAUCAUAAUAUAAUGUCUCAGAAGUGUUGUUACGAUCAGGUAUGAUCUCAUAAUUACAUCAUUAUGUCUAAGUUAGAAGCAUAAAAGAUGCAUUAGGUCAACUCAUAGUAAUAACAAGACAUUUCCUUAAAAUACCAGCACUCAUAACAAUCAGUUACAACCUCACAAAUGUUCACAUAUUAAUUAGGAAGCUCCUUUGGUUCACAUCAUCAAUUUCCAUGCAUUUUCUCUUUCAUUGUGGGCAGUGUCAUGCCACCCUUUCCAAUAUCUGCUUCUUGCUUCUGGACGUAUUUGUCUAGUGCCCCUGAAUGUCUACUGUGUUGGACUCAACAGCAAAGCACAUGUAGUAGUAUACAUGUGUUUUGCUGUUGAGUCCAACAGUUAUGACACAUACUUGUGUCAGUACUGCUCAUAUCUGUGGCUGCACAGUCAACCUGAACAGACAUAGUUCUGCUGUGCAACUUUGUUUUAUUUUCAUUCUUUCAAGCUGGUUUAUUAAUAAAGUGACAUCUUCAGGCCUUGAGGUUCAGUUUUCAUACAGAGUUUGUUUGGCAAUGUAGCUAAUGGAUGAUGAUGAUAAUGAUGUAUAUUAAUUGAUUCUUUCUUCUUCUAAUUUUUUGCCUUAGAGCAUUACAUGUAAAUACGUAUAAAAAAAGCUGUUAAUACAAAGAGUGGCUUAAUUAUGAGCUUCUGGAUUAACAACAGUUGGAAACUGACGCAUGCUGACUACAAAGGGUUUCUGGAUGAUCACAGAUGGCACAAAAGGACAUUUAAGUUCCUAUGGCAAC